UGUGCCACUUUCAGGUCUCCUCACACACUGCUGGUGUGUUCAAUUUUUUGUCAUAGGGUGCUGGCAGAUUACGGGCCUCCCAUAGCUGCUGCCAGGCCCCUAAUCUGCCAUGGGCCCCUAUACCGCCUCCUCAUGCUGCUGCCAGGUCCAGAGUCUCUCAUGGGUCCCUGUACGGCCUCCCAUUGCUGCUGUCUCCAUCGCCACACUCUGCCAUGUGCCACUUUCAGGUCUCCUCACACUCCUGCUGGUUUCCAUUUUGUCAUAGGUUGCUGUAUGGCCUCCCAUUGCUGCUGCCUCCACCGCCACACUGUGGCUCCAAACACUGGUUUUGGCCCCGUGACUGGCCAAAUGAGUGAAGUGUGCGGUGAUUCUAAGAUCGUC